GUAUGAGAUGAAAGAAAUGGAUAUAAAGUUUGAGUAUGAUAGGAUGGAGUUUGAGAAAUGGAGAAUGUCAAAGGAAUCGGAGUUAGAGGAAAAGAAGUUGAAGACAAGUCAAUCGUUAAAUGAAUCAUACAUGGAGAUUACAGGUAAAGCAAAGGUUCCGAAACUUUCUGCAUUUUGUGAAAGCAAUGAUGAUAUUGAUUCCUACAUUAAUAGAUUUGAACGUUAUGCGAAAAAUCAAAAGUGGCCAGAAAAUGAAUGGGCUACCAACUUAAGCGCGCUGUUAACGGGUGGUGCAUUGGAAGUUUAUUCUAGACUCCCAAAUACAGACGCUGAGAAUUAUCAAUUGUUAAAGUGCGCAUUACUUAAGCGAUAUGAUUUUACAAUUGAAGGGUUUCGCUCCAAAUGUAUGUCUAGUAAACCAAAUCCAGGAGAAACAGGGCAUCAGUACGCGACUAGGCUAGAACAUUAUCUUCUUAGGUGGGUAGAGUUAGAAGGGAUUGGAGAAUCUUAUGUAGAGUUAAAAGACUUAAUUCUACGCUCCCAAUAUAUUGAGGGAUGUCCUUUUGGCGCUUUUCCUAAAAGAGCGAAAGUUACGUACGCUUAAAGAGGCUACAGCUGCUACAGAUGUCUAUCUUGAGGCCCGGGGAGGGACAUUUAGUUGUUUAAAUGCCCGUGACAGUGCUACUGUCAAGUCAUAUCAUAAUCAACAAUCUAAUUUUAACAACAUGAAUAAACAAUCAUCUUAUCAGCCUAA